AUGAAACAGUAUUGUUGUAUAGUUCUCAUCGGUUUAGUGGCAUUCUCGGAUGCAGCAAGUGUCCAUCGAGCGAAACGACAGUUUGGAGUUGGUACGUCUUCUUCUUGGCCUUUUCACAUCUUCGUCUUCUGUUUUAGUCCCUCUCUACUCUUCCUGUAACGAAUAUUUGACUUGUGCUGCUCCGGCGGUUUGUGCAUCUGGAACUUGCCAAUGUACCCAGGCUUAUCAGCCUGCCGGAACUCAAUGCGUUCCAACGGUGGCACCCGCCGCCGCGGUGAACGGUGUUUACCAAGUUCCAGCUGGAGGUGAGCCUAAUCUAUUCGAACAAUAACAACAAGAACACAAACACAGUGGCCCCGGCAACAUUCCGAACUGUUUACACUGAUGCGCUCACCGCUGUCCGUCCUGUUUACCAACCGCUGGUCUAUUACCCGCAAGUGGUAAGAACUCCGGUGCUCUGCGCUUUGCCGCCAUGUCAAGAAGGUGAGAGUUUCAGAUAAAUAGAUUUAUGGGAAUUCGUAUUGAUUGAUUUCAGCUCAAACUCCAGCUCCAGUUGCCCCCACAACUGCUGCACCAGCGCCACCAGUUGUCACAGAUCUUCCAACUCCAGGACCGGAAACAACCACUCCAAGAAGGUAUUUGGCAUGAUUCAGGUUGUGAGAACUUGUUAUGUAUUGCAUUUUCAAAAACUGUUGAACGUUGAACCCGCAUUGUAAACUGGUUGAGCAUGUUGAAUUGAUUGUACCGUAACUAGGUCAUCCUCUAACCGGAACUCCCAAUAACAGUAGUUCCCAUCGCAGACUCUUCGACAGCCCGUCCAUCGCCUAUCCAGGAAAUUAUUGUGAGCUCCCAAGCAUUGUUUGUGUUGGCGGAAGCUAUUGCUCCAAUGUGAGAGAAACAUAAUACAUUCAGGUGAAAUUAUUAUUUUUCCAGAACAUCUGCGUUUGCCGUCAAGGAGAGAUAAUUGAGAACCAGCAGUGUGUUCCAGUUUCCACAACCACUACAACUACCACCAGUACCACAACUCCUGCUCCAACAACCACCGAACUCCUAACCACUAUCACCACUACAACUGAACCGACAACAACAACUACUACCACGACUGAACCAACUACGACAACCCUAGCGACCACAACGACUACUACUACUACUCCGCCACCAACCACCACUUCCACGACCACCACAACCACGACGACUACAGAGGUACGAAAUCUAAUCGGUUUUUACUCUUUAUUCAUUUUUUUAGGCCCCAACCACCAUCACCACCACAGAGCUGCCGACUACUACCACCACCAUCACCACAGAGUUGCCGACUACUACCACCACGACCACAACGACCACUCCAGCCCCAACUACCAUCACCGAGAGCACCACCACGAGCACAACCACAACUCCGGCCCCAACGACCACUAUCACUGUUCCGACAACUGCCACUCCGAGCAGAGAUGAUCAAGGGUGCCAGCCGUACAAUUGCGCGUGCAACCCGAUGGGAUGCAACCAGGGACAAAUCGUGCGAAUCAACUUUGUGGUGAGUUUCCAAUAUCUCAAAUUUAUCCAAAUGGCUUUGAAUUGUGUUCAGAUCCCUGGUCAACAGUGCAACUCGAACUCUCAGUGCCUUGCUGGAUCGUACUGUAGCUCUGGAACUUGCCGGUGCGCGAACAGUUUCGAACAACGUGGAACCAUGUGUAUUAGACGGAGAAAGUAG